AUGGAUUUGGAUAGUAUCGACUCAGAUCCCAAACCAACCAAUCCCAGUCGUCCAAGCAGCCACAAUUACAGCCAUCCCGCCGUCGACACCGCCCAUCAGCGAGACCGGGACAUGAGCAUGGACAUCAACAUGGACAUGGACACGGACGAGAUUCACUCGGCCGAUUCGGACGAGCUACACGAACGGCGGCCCAACCGGUGGCGGGGCCACCCGUCGACGUGGCGCACCUGGACCGAGCGGGAUCGCAGGACAUGGUACGCGCUGGAAAGCGCCCGCAAGGCCGACCUCGCUGUGCACUUGUUCAACGCGUUCGGCUUGAAGAAGGGGUUGAGGGAGGGGCCUGUUGUCGAAGGGCAGGAUGGGGAUGGAGGGAAGGAUUGGAAGCCGGGGAAUCUGUGGACGGCGUGGCCUGUGAGGGCCAAUGAAGUACCGGAUGAUGAUCUUCUCCCCAGGACGAGGGAUGCUAUGGACUUGUUUACCCUGCGGCGGGGAAGCACGUCGCGGGAGUUUGCUGGGCAGAAUUUGGAGGGGGAGAUCUCGGCUACGAUGCUGCGGUACGCGAAGGAGAGAUUCCAGAGGAGGCAUUUGCAGGCCCAAGCAACCAACGAGGUGGUGGCGUCCAUCGAGGAGGCCGAGAGUGACUCGGAGGAGGGAGAUACAUCGGAUGCCGCGGGAAAGACUGGGAGCGAUAAACCGGACUCUGAUGCACCGAUUAGAACGGCCAAAAGACGGAGGUUGGCGUCGUCCUCAUUUUCGCCCGUCCUGUCGGCUGAUGACGACCGGUCAUAUGCAUUGCUUCGGCCAGCGGCACGGAGGAUCAUGUCGAAGCUUGAUAAUACGCUCAUGGUCCUGCACAAUGCAAGGGUUUCGGGUCUUGCCAACAUGUUCGAAUCCUCGUCCAGUGACGAAGACGAAGAAGAGGUUGAGCCCGCGCCGGCUGAGCGAGGUCUGACCCGGUCUUCGGAACCGCCAAAGCCAAAGCCCGCACCCGCUCCUAAGGGUCGAGGAGGGAGGCCGAGGAAGGUGCAUGUCCCCCAAGAAGGGGAGACGGAGCGCGAGAUGUUGAUUAGGAUUGCCAGGGAAAGCAAGAGACGGUUGCCUAGAUUCUCUCCUGACACGGCAGAGUCUGAGGAGGAGAAUGGGGCCGGAGGCGGACUCGGCAUGAAAAGAAAGAGGCGGAAGCCGACCCCUUCUCCGGCCAAAAUCGAGUCCGGGGCGGAAAAUGAACAUGAUGGGAGACGAAGCGCAAGUAGGGUAAGGCGCUCAAUAUCAGACUCACGAGCGAGUUCCCGGUCGAGCAAGCCAAGAUCCGGAGACUCCGUUGGCUCGCCUGUGAGACACAGAAGCCACCGACUCACCAAAUGGGGCUUACGGGACUGGCAUGACGUGCUCGGAGCCGCCGCUUUGGCCGGGUUCUCGCCUGCCGUCAUUGCCCGCGCCGCGCAGCGAUGCUCUACACUCUUUCGGGAGGAGAUGGUCGUACAUACGUUGCCUGAGCAGUCUGUUACAUCCGACAAGGAUAGAGUGCAGACAGUGCGGUACAUUCCGGACGCACCCAUGCCUUCAUCCUCUGAUGACGAAGAUGACCAGGAAGACGUGUUGCUCCAGCAUCGCAUCAUCUCCCGUCAACCGAGCGUCAGACUGACCGGCACGUCGUCGCCCGACGCUGAGACCGAGACGGCAGCAAACACGCCCCGCGGGAGCCGAUCAGCCACGCCCGGGCCUCUGCAUUUCUGCCCUUAUCCAGACUGCCCAUGGGCUAUCAAGGGCUUCACGAAGCGAAAUAAUCUCACGCGGCAUCUCCGGAGAACGCAUGGCGACCAGGCCGAUGAGGUUACCGAGGGAGAGGAGGACAGCAUGGACGAGAUGCACGGCGGCGUGCAUGUGGAUGGAUUCCUACAGCCGAUCAAGCUCAGAAAGGGCUGGCGAGCAGAAGACACACAGCAGCGGCUGUCACGAAAGGGAAAGGGAAGGCGAUCUGCCAUGGGACGCGCGGGAUCAGACGAGCUUGGUUCGGACGCACAAUAUUCUAUGCGCGAUGCGCUGUCGUCUAGCUAG